AUGUUGGAGUGGGGGGGAUGCUUCCUCCUGGGCUAUUUGAACGUGAAUAGAGUAGUCACAGCGAUGAUCAGGACUAGGAUUGGUGCGGUAGCGCGUGUGCGGGUGCCUGUAUUUCGGGCGCGGUUUCAUUGCGGCCCGGUGUGGCGGAACAGUGCUGACGAUGACUUGAAGCGAGUGCAGGAGCGGAUCAACGAGUAUAUGCGCAAGAACCAGCGUGCUGGUGCUGGUGCUGAUGCUGGUACUAAUGCUGGCACUGAUGCUGGUGCAGGUGCUGGUGCUGGCAUGGAUAUGGAGCGGUUCAGGAAGGAGAUCGACAGGGAGUUAAAGCGGAUGGAGCAGACGAUACAGAAACAGACUCCUGAGGCGCCAAGAGAAGAAUAUAAAGACACAAAGGACGCUAAGGAAUCAAGUCAAGAGAGUAAAGAACCACAGGAAGCUAAAGAAAAAGCUAAGGGGACGAAACAAGAAGCUAGAGAAGGGUCCUCGAACGGUGGGAAUCCUCCUCCGCCGCCGUUGAAUGAUCCGAGCGGCAACGCGAACAAUAUCGGAUUGUUCCAGCUGGGUUUGCUUUUCUUCUUGCUAUCUUUCUUGCUAGAUCUGGUUAAUGACACGGAGGGCCAGAAAGAGAUCACCUGGCAGGACUUCAGGGAGCGGUACUUGGCUAAGGGAUACGUACAAAGAUUGGAAGUAGUAAACAAGUCCUACGUGAAAGUGAUCCUGAAUGACAUGGGCAAGAACCAACCUGAGAACUACGGCCAGGAAGUGGUUUACUUUAACCUGGGCUCCGUUGAGAAUUUCGAACAUAAGCUUGAGAAAGCACAAAACGAGAUGGACAUCGACCAAGAUUUCAGAGUACCAGUACAGUACGUCCAACAAGGCAACUGGGCAAGGGCUGUCUUCCAGAUGUUACCCACAGUACUAAUGCUAGUAGGUAUCAUUUGGCUGACCAGGAAAUCAAUGCAGUCCGCAGGGAACACUCGUGGCGGGAUCUUUGGUAUUAGCAGAUCUAAGGCUAAGAAGUUCAACACCGAAACUGAUGUGAAAGUCAAAUUCAAGGAUGUGGCCGGUUGUGACGAAGCCAAGGAAGAAAUCAUGGAGUUUGUCAGUUUCUUGAGAAACCCACAAAGAUACGAAAAGAUGGGUGCUAAGAUUCCAAGGGGUGCUAUAUUAUCUGGGCCUCCAGGUACCGGUAAAACUUUGCUAGCGAAGGCCACUGCAGGUGAAGCUGGUGUCCCCUUCUAUUUUGUAUCAGGUUCUGAGUUCGUCGAAAUGUUCGUCGGUGUUGGUGCAGCCAGAGUCAGAGAUUUAUUCAAGACGGCAAGAGAAAAUGCACCAUCAAUCGUAUUUAUAGAUGAGAUUGAUGCCAUUGGUAAGGCUAGACAGAAAGGUAAUUUUUCAGGUGCCAAUGACGAAAGAGAAAACACAUUAAACCAGAUGCUUGUUGAGAUGGACGGUUUCACAUCUGCUGACCACGUUGUGGUCUUGGCAGGUACUAACAGACCCGAUAUUCUAGAUAAUGCCCUUUUAAGACCAGGUCGUUUUGACAGAAGGAUUCAUAUAGAUAGACCAGAGCUUGAAGGCCGUAAGGCUAUCUUUGAAGUACAUUUGCAGAAACUGAAACUGGCAGGUUCAAUUUUUGAUUUGAAAAAUAGAUUGGCUGCUUUAACUCCGGGAUUUUCAGGUGCUGACAUCGCCAACGUAUGUAACGAAGCCGCGUUGAUUGCUGCCAGACAUGAUGAGAAUGCUGUUAAGUUAUCACAUUUCGAGCAGGCAAUUGAAAGGGUUAUUGGCGGUGUCGAGAGAAAAACACGCCUUCUAUCUCCAGAAGAAAAACAAGUUGUUGCAUACCACGAGGCUGGCCAUGCUGUAUGUGGCUGGUAUUUGAAGUAUGCAGAUCCAUUAUUGAAAGUAAGUAUUAUCCCCCGUGGUCAGGGUGCCCUUGGAUAUGCACAAUACUUACCAGGUGAUGUAUUCCUAUUAAGCAAACAACAGCUUCUGGAUAGGAUGACCAUGGCUCUUGGUGGUAGAGUAUCUGAAGAAUUACAUUUCCAGUGGGUGACAAGUGGUGCUUCAGAUGACUUCAAGAAGGUCACUAACAUGGCAACAGCAAUGGUAACUGAAUUAGGUAUGUCUGAGAAGAUUGGUUGGAUCAACUAUAAGAAGAACGAUGACAACGAUCUUACAAAGGCGUUUUCAGAAGAGACCGGUGUGAUUAUCGAUUCCGAAGUCUAUAGGAUAGUACAAGAGUGUCACAAAAGGUGCACAGACCUCCUAAAAGAAAAAGCAGAAGAUGUUGAAAAGAUAGCACAGCUGCUAUUGAAAAAAGAAGUUCUCACUAGAGAAGAUAUGAUCAACCUGCUUGGCAAGCGCCCAUUCCCUGAGAGAAACGAUGCAUUUGACAAAUAUUUAAACGAAGCAGAGACCGAAAAGAUCAGAAAGAGUGAAGAACAGAAUCCGGACGAUCCAUCUCCAUCUGCUGCAUAA